AUGGCGCCCCCUGGUCCCAGGUGGUGGCAGACGCCCGACGACGCCGAUCUCGACUACGGAUUCGAUUCUGACGAUCUCGAUAGAUUCCCCGAACCUGACCGCACUCCCCGCCUGACUUCACGAGAUCCACGAGACCACCGAGACCACGAUCCAGAGACAGACGAGCGAGGUGUGAUUGGGAAUAUGUCGUCUUGGUUCCAGCGCCAGGCUGGCGCGCAAAGUUCCCAGCUUGCGACGACUGCGGUUCUGUCCGGCGCGGCUGUUGCGGGUGCCAUUUUUGGAUACCAGGCUUAUCGACGGAAGGAGGCUGUUUAUGACCUGAAGGCUUCAAUUCCUGACAUUGAUGAGCAGCACCAUGCGGAGAAGCUCACAGCACUCGGUAUCCCCAACACCGCAAUCCCGAUGAGCAAGGAGGAUGAGCGCAGUGCCGCUCUGGCUCGCCGGGCGCAACAAGGAGAUUAUGACGAUGACCUGAUUCUUGAACAACUUGCCCGCAACCGCGUGUUCCUCACCGACGAAGGCCUCGCGAAAAUCCGGGCUUCCUUCAUUGUGGUUGUCGGCUGUGGUGGUGUCGGAUCGCAUGCAGCCGCCGCGCUGGUUCGGUCUGGUGUGGCCAAGGUCCGACUCAUUGACUUUGACCAAGUGACACUUUCCUCGCUCAACCGCCAUGCGCUGGCCACAUUAGCGGACGUUGGAACACCAAAGGUGCACUGCAUUCGGAGGAGGUUGGAGCAGAUUGCGCCGUGGGUGAUGUUUGAUUGCCGCAACGAACUGUUCGGCAAGGAUGCCGCGGAUCAUCUGCUUGCACCUUGGACUUUAACACAUGACGGCGAGGGCCGUCGGCCGGACUACGUGCUGGACUGCAUUGACAACAUCACCUCAAAGGUGGACCUGUUGCACUACUGCCACAAGAACUCGUUGCCUGUGAUCUCAUCUAUGGGUGCUGGCUGCAAGUCUGACCCUACUCGGGUUGUCGUGGGUGAUAUCUCGCUCAGCACCGAUGAUCCUCUCUCCCGCAGCACACGCCGCCGUUUGAAGGCCCUUGGAGUGUCCUCAGGCAUUGCGGCAGUUUUCUCCACUGAGAAGCCUGGCCCGGGCAAGGCAAGCUUGCUCCCCCUCCCCGAGGAAGAGUUCGCCAAGGGCCAAGUCGGCGAACUUGGUGUCCUCCCCGACUUCCGGGUGCGCAUUCUCCCCGUGUUGGGAACUAUGCCCGCUGUCUUUGGAUACACCGUGGCCAACCACGUUAUCUGCAGUGUGAGUGGAUACCCCAUCGAGUAUAACAUGGGUGGAAAGGGCCGCGACAAGAUGUACGAAGCUACUGCAACAUUCCUGCAAAGCUUUAUGGAAAAGAUGGCACGGCAGGUUGAGGGACAAGAUUCGACCGGACUGCGUCUCCCAAUUAGCAAGGAUGACAUCGCAUUCUUGAUGGAGGAGGUGUGGCGUGGCAAGAGUGCUAUCACCGGCUUGUCGAAUCGUCUUGUUCUCAUCCCCUGGGAAAAGCCAGCCCGGGGCUUCGGGAUGGAUCUGACAUACGAGAAAGACGGUCAGAAGUAUACUCCUAUUGAUUUGAAGGAAUUGGUGUGCAUGACCAAGGACGAGGCCGCUCGACACGAACGCGAGGUGCUUCGUGAAGGCAAAAAGGUGGAGGAAGUAUACGACGAUAUCGUCCUCCAGCGGGUUAGUCUCCGCAGAAAGGAGGUCGAGGAAUACGAGAAGUAUCGGUAG